CACCUCACCAUCUCGCCGCUCUCAAACAUUAUUUCCUCGCGGGAAAGCUCUAUAGCCUAUACAGUAUACCCCAUUCCACUGUCACAACUCACAACCCUCAACACAUUCAUUUUCCUCACCGCCAAAACCCUCACUGCUCCUCCACGCGCUGAAAAAUGGGCGCGCGCACCGUCACGGUGCUGAACGUGGCGGAGAAGCCGUCGGUGGCGCGGUCCGUCUCCACCAUCUUGUCACGGAAUCAGGGCAUUCGAAUGAGGGAAGGUCGCUCCCGCUACAACAAGAUCUUCGAGUUUUCUUACUCCAUUCGCGGCCAACCCUGCCACAUGCUCUUCACCUCCGUCACCGGCCACCUCAUGGAGCUCGAGUUCGACGAACGCUAUCGCAAGUGGCACUCCUGUGACCCCGCCGAUCUCUACCACGCUCCUGUCCGAAAAUCCGUUCCUGAGGACAAGAAGGAUAUCAAGAGGACGCUGGAGGAGGAAGCCAGGAGGUGUCAGUGGCUUGUUCUGUGGCUUGAUUGUGAUAGAGAGGGUGAAAACAUUGCAUUUGAGGUGGUUGAUGUUUGCACCAUGGCAAACCAGAAUCUUACUAUAAAGAGGGCUCGAUUUUCUGCAUUAAUUGAUAGGGAAAUUCAUCAGGCAGUACAGAAUCUGGUUGAGCCAAAUAAGUGGUUUGCAGAUGCUGUGGAUGCUAGGCAAGAAAUUGAUCUUCGUAUUGGUGCUUCUUUCACCAGAUUUCAGACCAUGUUAAUGAAAGAUGCUUUUAUAAUUGACACUGCUUCUGGUGACAGAAAUCUUGUCUUAAGUUAUGGCCCUUGCCAGUUUCCUACACUUGGAUUUGUUGUAGAAAGAUAUUGGGAGAUACAAGCACAUGAGCCAGAAGAGUUUUGGACAAUCAAUUGUUCUCAUAGAUCAGAUGAAGGUCUUGCUAAUUUCAACUGGAUGCGGGGUCAUUUGUUUGAUUAUACUUGUGCAGUAGUAAUAUACGAGAUGUGCAUUGAGGAACCAACUGCAACUGUCACAGAUGUUAAACAACAAGAGAAAUUGAAGUAUCCUCCUCAUCCUCUGAAUACCAUUGAGCUUGAGAAACGUGCUUCACGAUAUUUUCGAAUGAGUUCUGAGCACACGAUGAAGGUGGCAGAAGAGCUUUACCAAGCUGGUUUCAUCAGUUAUCCUCGUACAGAAACUGAUAGUUUUUCUUCAAGGACUGAUUUGCAUACAAUUGUGCAAGAACAACAAGCGCAUCCUGAAUGGGGAACAUAUGCACAACGGUUGUUGGACCCUGCGACAGGACUUUGGAGAAAUCCUCGUGGUGGUGGACAUGAUGACAAGGCCCAUCCUCCCAUUCACCCUACAAAGUUUUCUAGUGGAGAAUCCAAUUGGAGCCAAGACCACCAUAAAUUGUAUGAGCUGGUUGUUCGCCACUUCUUGGCUUGUGUCUCAAAGCCUGCUGUAGGGGCUGAAACCACAGUUGAAAUUGAUAUUGCUGGUGAACUUUUUCAUGCAUCUGGAAGGGUGGUUCUAGAGAGAAACUACUUGGAUGUUUAUCGCUAUGAAUCUUGGGGUGGAACAAUGCUACCAACAUAUACUGUUGGUCAACAGUUCGUUCCAACAACAUUGACCCUUGAUUCAGGAGUAACCCGGCCACCUCCACUUCUUAGUGAAGCUGAUCUUCUUACUUGUAUGGACAAGGAGGGUAUUGGUACAGAUGCUACUAUGCAUGAUCACAUAAAAAAGUUGCUUGAUCGAUUUUAUGCAACUAAGGAUGCUAACACUCGUUUCACACCAACUAAUCUUGGUGAAGCACUUGUUAUGGGAUAUGAUGACAUGGGGUAUAAACUUUGGAAACCAUAUCUUAGAGCAGCUAUGGAACGUGAUAUGAAAUCAGUCAGUGAAGGGACUAAAAGCAAAUCUGAAGUUUUGGCAACUAGCUUGCAGCAGAUGAAAGCUUGUUUCCUUGAUGCCAGAGUGAAUAAAGUGAAGCUUUUAGAGGCCAUGGAGAUAUUUUUCCAGAGAACUAACAGGGCUGGUGGUGAUGAGCUGCAUGCAACAGGUGAAGUUGUUCGGCGAUGUGGACUUUGCCAAGAAUCAGAUAUGGUGCUAAGGAAAAAUCGAGAUGGCAAUUUUAUGGUUGGAUGUCUGGGUUACCCUCAGUGCAGAAAUGCUGUCUGGCUUCCUGGACCAGUAUUAGAAGCAGAUGUUACUGCCAAUGCUUGCAACACCUGCACCCCUGGUCCAGUUUACCUGAUUAAAUUCAAGUUUCGGCGGCUGGAAAUACCACCAAACUACAGUGCGGACCAUUUGGGUUGCAUAGGUGGCUGUGAUCAGAUUCUUGCGGAGUUGACAGAAAUAUGUGGCACUGGCUCUCGCACAGGAAGAGCUCGUGGACCAGCUGCACAAACCAACAAUGCCCGCCAAAGUAACACAAGACAGGUUGUUUGUAUGAACUGCCAAGAAACAGGACAUUCUUCUAAUGAUUGUCCUUCACAAAGGAAUGCCCGGCAUCGUGGAACAAACCAACAAAAUGGGGAAGCCACUGUUUCAUGCAGUUCCUGUGGGAUGCCAUGUGUUUUGAGAACUGCAAAUACAGAAAAUAACAGGGGAAGAAAGUUCUACAAAUGUCAAUCACAGGAGUGUAACUUUUUUGCGUGGGAGGAUAGCCUCAACACUGGCACUGGAGGAAGAAAUUUUACACGAUCGAGUAGUAUUCCACAAGCCAACCGUGGGAGAAAUGGUGGCCGUGGAUCUCGCGGUAGAGGUAGACACAAUGGAUCUCAUGCUGCUAACACGACUUUUGUGUCAGCCACUGGUGACCCUGUUAGUGGCAGAAGAUGCUUUGUGUGUGGUGAUCCAUCUCACUUUGCUAAUGUGUGCCCUAACCGUGGUGGCUAACGCGUGUGCUCAACGAUACAAAUCAGCAAUAUGGAAGGAAAACUAGGAUCAUGUGCGAGGCUGAUAUUGAAACAAUUGUUUGACUGAACAUAACGCGGGGGUGAUCAUUCAUAAUACUCAGUACGGAUAACCCUACAUUAUGUCUUAAUUUUCUCCGUCAGUAUAUCAAGAUGUCGAGAAAUUCUCUCUUUGGUGAAUUGGAUAUUGAUAUAUUCUUUGGAAAUUGAGUCUAAUUAAACUAAUUCUAUUAUACUUCAGCAGGUUCUGAUCCGUUGAAUUAUUCUGUACAUAA